GCCACUGAUGCGCUCCUGACUCAGUUUUAGGGACAAGUUGGCUGACGUCGACCUGACGUACGGGGAGUUAAAGGGGGAUGGAUACAGGAGCAGGAGAAGAAGAACCUAGCCCAAGAUGACACCAUCAAGAAGCAUGACCAGGCUCUACUUCAGUUCAACAUCAAGAAAAGCCAGCAAGAUAUUCUCCUCGACCGCAAAUUUGCAAGGUUGGAGAGAUCGUUUGCGGACAAGAUGGAGACGGUGGAGCAGAAGCUGACCAAGUCGGAGGAAGCCGUCAACGAGUACAAGACGAUGAUCCAACAGAUGGCAGAGAAAGGCAAUGAGAUGGCUCGUCGCAUCUCUCAGCUGCAGCAGACCAUCAGCGACAAAAACGAGAUGGUGGAACGUCUUCAAGUCCGAUUGGAUCAAGUGGAAACUAAGGUUAGUCGUCAGGAUGACAAGCUGGAUGAGUAUGACAGCCAGCUGUCUAUCCUGAACAGCCGUCGCUACAGCCUGUCCGACUCAGAAGAUAAGAAGGAUGACACAGAGGAGACGUUUGUUAUCAGUGGUGGCAGCAAUGGACUUGUUAAGGAGCUGGAGGAAAAGCUGUUGUCCCAAUCCUCUACUGUAAGCGAGGUCAAGUCCAAGUUGAAGCAGCUGGAGAGAAAGUCUUCCGAUGUGGACACUGCCAUCCAGAGGCACAACACAAGACUACAGGAUAUUGAGCGGAAGAAUGACGACCAAGAAGCUGAACUGAACCAGCACAAGAUCAGUCUCAACAACAUGGAGCAGAAGAACACCGUGCAGGACACCAUUAUCAACCAGUACAACAGCAUGAUCUCUCAGUUCGUCGGCAAGAGCAACGACUUGGAGAACGUCCUCAACAGAGCCAAGGACUCCUUGUCACGUCUGGACCAGAAGAGCAGCGAGCACAGCAACUCCAUCAACCAGCACAGCCAGAAACUCCAGCAGCACGAGCAGCAGCUGCGCCGUCACACCAAUGAUGUCAACAGGAUCAACUCGACAAUUUCCUUGGUGCGUCAGAAGAACAUUGACCAGGACCAGACCUUCACCCAGCACCAGACCCGCAUGACGGAGAUGCAGCAGAAGAUCAACGAGCUGACCUACUACACCAACCAGUACAACUCCAGCAUCUUCUACCUGCGCGAGAAGACCAACAAGCAGGACUACAUCGCCAACGAACUCAACAUCACCAUUCUGCAGGUCAAGCUGAAGGGCCAGCAGCAAGACAUCUACAUGAACAGACAUACGGAGCAAAUUUCCCAGCUGCAGUCCAAGGCUGGUGAUGCAGAGAGCACCCUGAACAGGCAGAAGUCACAAGUACAGCAGCUGAUGGACUUCAGGACCACCAGCAAUGAGCAGUUCAGCCAGCUCAGCCGCAAGCUGAACGAGGAAGACUCCAGGAACAACCGACAGGAGGCACUUCUUGAGGACCAUGAAAGAAGUUAAGGAAGGUAGACCAGAGAACAAAUGAGC